AUGUUCGCGGAUAAAGUGGUGCUCGUAACAGGAGCUAGCUCCGGCAUCGGUGCAGAAACUGCCAUCGAGUUUGCCAAACUCAACGCGAAGCUAGUAAUAACCGGUAGAAACAAAGAAAACCUGGAUAAGGUUGCCAAACAGUGCGAAUUUGGUUCUCCAAGCAACCAGAACCCUGUGGUCGUUAUCGCUGACAUGAAUGUAGAGGCGGAUGUGGAAAACGUUAUAAAGCAUACAAUCGACACUUAUGGAAAACUUGACAUCUUGGUCAAUAAUGCCGGGAUUUUAGAAAGCGGAUCAAUAGAAAAUACUACACUAGCGCAAUAUGACAGAGUUAUGAAUACUAAUGUACGAGCGCCAUACUAUCUCACGAUGUUGGCUGCGCCUCACAUCGUCAAGUCCAAAGGGUCGAUCGUGAAUGUAUCCAGCGUGACCGGUCUCAGAUCCUUCCCGAACGUUCUAGCGUAUUGCAUGUCAAAGUCCGCUUUGGACCAGUUUACUAGGUGUGUUGCCCUCGAGCUGGCUCCCAAAGGAGUGAGGGUGAAUGCGGUGAAUCCCGGCGUGAUAACAACCGGGAUCCAUAUGAAGUCGAGCAUGGAUGAGAAACAGUACGAGGAGUUUCUCAAGAAAGUGUGCCGAUACUCAUGCGUUGGGCAGGGCCGG